AUAUCAUAGACAAACCAAUCUAUGGUCUAUAUGAUCUAAGGAUAAGAAUCGAUCGGAUAAGAGACUCGAGAAGAAAAAACAGAUCGUUUUCACAUCAGUUUGCAACAUCAUUCGUUUCGAAAAUUCAAAAUGGGCAAUAAUAAGGAAAAACGCUCACGCACAAAGGCGAAGAAGUUACCAGAACCACAACAAGAAGAAGAAGAAAACAGAUGUUUUGGAGAAUAUAAAUGUCGAAAAUGUAAUAGACAUUGGUGCAGUGGAAACACAUGGCCGAAUAAGGGUCAGCAGUGCAAGAAAUGCCAUAUUAUUAUUUUACCAUACAAUGUGGUGGAGAAUGAGAAACCACAGAAAGAAAAUAGAUGUUUCGGAGAAUAUAAAUGCCCAAAAUGUAAUAGACAUUGGUCGAGUGGAAACUCAUGGCCAAAUAAGGGCCAACAGUGCAAGAAAUGCCUUAAAAAUAUUUUACCAUACAAUAUGAUGCCACUGAAGCCCAAGAAGAAGAAUGAGGAUGUUGAUGUGAAUAGAAAACCACAUCCUCGUCACCUUUGUCAAAAAUGUAAAGAACUUGGCUAUUAUUGCAGGGAAUCAGACUGAAUUCCUAUGGAUCCUAUAAAUACCUACCUACUAUAAGAUGUUAAAUAAUUGAUAGUUUGUAUGUACCUAUUUGAAAUAAAAUAUUACUGAAAUAUUA